GCAGACAGCAGCAGUGAUUCGGCUGCACCGGACAACGGGAGAAAAUCUGUCCGUUUCACACCAUGGCGACCGACUAAACGAUGCCUUUCGCGGAGGUAAACGGAGAUGUGAGGAGAAGUGUGUGUCCCAUGCUGCAUUAGUGUCUGUGUGAAAUGCUGGCCUGUCUGCCAGGGCCAGGUGACCUCCCCCUCCAGCUUCUCCCCCACACGCAGAUGAACACUGGACUUCAGAAAUGGGACACCACACAAAGGAUGAGAUCCGCUCCGUUUCCAACCCCUGCAGAAUUGGAUGCUUAUGCUAAGAAGGUUGCCAACAACCCCCUCACCAUCAAGAUCUUCCCCAACAGUGUCAAGGUCCCCCAGCGAAACCACGUGCGCCGUACGGUCAACGGGCUAGAUACAUCAGGCCAGCGCUACAGCCCUUACCCUUCCUCUCAGGCCAUUGCCAAGACAGGCCUCCUCGCCAUAGUCAAGGUGCCCACCGUCAAAGGCAUCCUCAAAGAUUUCGCCGGCAGCCGGGCUCGCCUGCACCCCGAAGUCAUCAUGAACCCUCCCACCGGACCUUACCAAGUGGCUUCAACUAGCACUUUAAACCACCACCCACCUCUGCCCAACCUUCCCCGGCCCCAGCAGAGCUUACCCCUUCAACAGCAGGACCCGCCUCAGACUCUACAGAUGCCCCUCCCUCAGCAGCAGGGUCACACCCAGAGCCUCAGACACCCUCCCCCAAUGGCCCAGCACACUCAGGGCCCAUCCAGACUCCAGACUCUGUCUCAGCACCCAGCCCUAGGUCACCCACAGGGGCCCCCUACUGUCAUGCUUCAGCAGCAGCACCUCCAGCAGCAGCCGCCACCUGGCCUGCAGGGGAGCAGAAAGCUGCCCGAUGGCGACGCACCGCCUAACGUUACCGUCUCUACCUCAACCAUUCCACUCUCCAUGGCCACCGGGCUGCACCAGGGCUGCCAGGCUGACCUUAGCACCAUCGUGCAUCAGAUCAACCAGUUCUGCCAAGCUCGGGCCCAAGGUGCCGGAGUCACCUCCAUGUGCGAGGGUCAGAUCGCCAACCCCAGCCCCAUCAGUCGCAACCUGCUUAUCAGCGCCUGCUCCAGGGUAUCCAUGCACAGCAACCCUGCUACACCUGGGUACCACCCGCCCAACUGCAUUAUAGGCCCUCAAGAGAAAGCAACUGCCCCAGUGGGAGCUCAUCCUCCACACAGCGUGGCUAUUAUGAACCACUUGCCUUCCAACCACACUGAUCUCAAGCAGCAGCACCACCUCCAGCAUCACCUGCAUCCACAACAGAAUCCGCAGCAGCAACAGCUACAACAUAACACACAGCAGCAGAAGAUGCGCUCUUGGAAUCAGCACCAGUUGACCCAUAUACCCCACAUUCAGAACGGUGGGACCCACCUCUGUAAGCAGCCUUCCAGGGACCCCGCCUUCCAUUUUAAGGGCAUGGGCUACCCUGCAGAGGUGUGUGUGGGUCAGCCUUACACACUGAAACCUCCCGUAGAGAGGCCCACCCCUUCUCCCCCCGUCAACAACUGCAUGCCCGGUCCCAUGGCCCACUACACUAAUGGUCACUACUUCCAGUCCCAUAUUUGGAACAGCAGUAUCCUACCCACCCCCAACAGUGACAGCUCCGGGUCUCAGGACAUAGCCAUGCCAUUCCAUGGUGCCGGUCCAGGGGGGUGCACCACCACACUAGACUGUGGGCCCCCUGGGGCACCCCAUUACAGGCUAGGAACGAGCUCCUCCACCUCCUCCUCCUCCGCCCAGACUAAUCUGAUGCAAACAGCAGAUUACUUGGGUGGGGACUUCCAGACGCCCUACUUCCGCGAUCAGAAUCUAGGGUUGAUGGGCAAGAUGCACAGGCCUCCUCUGAGCAGGGUAGGUCCGGAGGUCGGGGAUGGCAGAACCGCUCUCAUCCAGCACCCAGGGUACAGAUAAGCUAUGGCCUUGUCUCCACAACAUUUAUCAAAAUCCCUUUGUUUAGUCUUAAGAAAGGAAACACAUGAAUAAAACUAAAUUGAUAACUUAAACAAAUGACCGCUAAUCUUAAAGAGGGCAAAUUAAUAUAUUUAAUGAAGAACAGUAGUUUUUUUGGUUAUUUUUUUUUAAAUAAAUCUUGCAAGUGAUCAAUUGCUACUUUUUUUUUGUUAACGAGUGCGUUUAUGUGGCACUUUAGGGAACUUUUUCACGUGUGUGUGUACACGUCUGUACUGUGUGUCAUUCCCUGCUUCUUCCUCUAUCAUACUUGUCUAUUAGUGUGCCUGGAUCUACACAGAUCCUGUGUUAUUUCUACUUCACAUCUGUCUGUAAAGUUUUCUUAUGCAUGUAAGAAAGAAGGAUAACAGAUAGAUCUCUCAUCUAUCAAUGGAUGUUUUUUUUACAGGAUCAUGUCAGGAAACUUCGGCUCCGACUAGUUCUAUUAAACAUUUUCAUUUUGGCGUUUAAGCUCAAACCUCACAGUAACUUCAAGAUUAAACACAAUCGUAACCAUUUUCUUCUUGAGGACAGAAGAGAGAGUAAUGAUUUUGUUUCAGUGUGAAGCCAUCAGACACUGGACUACAAAGUACAGCUGGAAAAAAACUUGCAGUAUGCACAUGUACACAGAGGUUUUAUUCUUUUUAAAUGUAAUUAUUUAUUUGUAUAGUACGACUCUUCAAGCUUGAUUCCUCUCUGUCACUUAAGGAUGCAUGUAAUCAGGUUGUUUGUACAUAGUAAGGAUCCAGCAGGGAGCAAAUAUGUUAAUAAGGUGAUGCUCUGUUCUGCUUAAAAUGCUGCAAUGAAUUCAGGUGUUAAAAAACUUUGCUUUUUUUUUUUUCUUGCCAAUGCCAGGAAGGUUUGGCAACAAGAUUGUGAAAAGUUUAGUGCAGAAAAGUCCUGAAAGAUGAAACUCUUAUACAUUAACAUGGCCAAAGUCAGGUUAACUAGGACACACUGUUAUGAAGAUGUGCCAUUUUAUUUUGUUUCCUUUUCAGAUUUUUUUUUUUUUUAAUGUAACCAUGAAAAAUGUAUUACUUGAAUGUUGAGAUUAUUUGUUUUGAAGGGGUUAGGUUAGUUAUGAGGACAAAACUCUGGAGUAGAAGAAAUAAUAGUGUUAUUAGUGUCAUGUAGAAUCUGACCAGAGUUUUGAUUCAGACGGCAGUAACUUAAGUGAAUUAAGUUACGUGUAGUUGCUACUGAUUCUGAUGUGAAGUCUGUUCGAAAAGACCAAAUUGAUCACUUGCAAGAUCACUCGGAGGUAAACAAAAACCGACUUAAGUUUAAAGUGAAACAGCAAAUGCAUUGUUUAUUUUAUUGUACACUGGCUUACCUACUAGACUACUGUAACUUUAAAGUUUAAUGAUUGUGCGUGAAUGUUGACUGCUCAUGUGGGUAGAGUUAAGGGUUGGAUGAGUGAGUGCGUGUGUGUGCGUGCGUGUAUAAACACAAUGACGCCCAUGUUUUGUUCACCUAACCCCCCUAACAGCCCUUAAAAAGCCUUAAGUGUUUGGUCCUUGGACUUUCCUUUGAAAACGAGCAUGGUUUUAAUGAAAACCCCAAAUAAUAAGGAGAAAGAAGAUGGUAAGGAUAAGCAGAAACAGCAAUUCUUUUUGAUUUCUUUUGUUUUUCUGGUCUUUUUAUUUUAAUAAAAUUUUGUUGAAUAGACAAGAGCAAUUCCUUAGAGAUUCUUUAUGGAAAGCAAGAAAAGGAGUAAUAUUUUGUAAUUAUAUAUUUUAGCAAUGUGUAGUUACUGAGCUGUAACAUUUUUUUUCCAAGUUUCAAAGCUUCAGUUUGCAGUUGUGACUAUUUAUAAUACUUGAUUUGCUUGUUAUUUAAAUUUUAUUUUCUUCUUUUGUUUCUUGUACUAUUGCUGUGAAAUGGAAGAAGGUCCACAAGCCUUUCUUUUAUGUCAUUCUGUACGACAGAUUAAAGGCAAGAGCGUGAGAGUUGUGCUACUCUUUUUGUAAUAUUGUAAUAAUAAAAUAAAGUUCUAAUUUA